AUGGAGGCCGGAAAGAGGCUGCUCUUCUUCCCCUGGGAGCGGGGCGUGGGCCACACCCCAUCCCUCCUCCUGCUUAGACUCCAGGAAAGGCUGACACGCAUCAUGAACACAGAGAGCCCCCGUGUCACCAGCCCCUCAGGUGCCAGCUCUCCAACCUUCCUCACGGCUCCGGCCACACCUGGGCCUCUGAUGGAGAUGGCAGGCCCCGUCCCUGUGCUCAUCGCCCUGGCCUGCAUCUUCCUGCUACUGACCUCUUGCCUGCUGUUCAUGACACUCUGCAAACCUACCGCACUGGACCCGGGUCACCGGCAGGCACGAGAGUGCAUGCCACACCACCCUGCCAGCCCCAGUGAGCCCCGGCUCAGGCUCUGGAAGCGCCUGGGCUCUCUGCGCCGCUCUCUGCACAGCUUUGGGCAUAGCCGGCCAGCUGCCCCACCACGUCCUCUGUCAGGCCAGGAGGAUAACCAAGGUGCCAGUGACCGCAUGGAAUCCACCAAGAUGUGA